CAAACGUCAUGUUACAUGAAGAAUCGAAACACAGUUUUUGCCUGCUCACGAGCACUUAAUAGUUAUUGUCAUUGCCAGUUGCACCUCUUUUCAAUAUUAAGGUAGUUUGAUUUGAUUCCCAUUUUUUAAUCGUCAUAACGAGUUGAUUGCCAUUUAGUUGUUAGGAGGGUGAGGUUGUUUGAUAGCUGGAGAGAUUGGCAAUGGGGGAGAAUGGAGGAGAAGUCGAAGUGAUACACUUGUGGUCUUCGCCGAGGUCUGCGAGUACAAGUCUCAUGUAUUCUUUUGCUCAGAGAGAUGAUACAGAAGUGCUCGAUGAACCUCUCUAUGCAAAUUUUUUACGUGUAACAGGAGCUGAAAGGCCUUACAGAGAAGAUUUGCUGUCUAAACUGGAAUCAGAUGGAAAUAAAGUUGUGAAAGAGAUCAUUUUUGGCCCUGGACAGAAGAAGUACAGAUUCUGCAAGCAUAUGGCUAGUCAUCGUCUGCCUGGCCUAACGGAUGAGUUAAUGAAGAAAGGAAAGCACUGCAUACUGAUAAGAAAUCCCCUUGAUGUGUUGACGUCCUAUAACAAGGUCAUUCCCCCAUCACUAACUGAUCUGGGGUAUUGUAGCAUGGUCUCCAUUUACAGUGAUCUGUGUGGUGGAGGAAAACCCCCUCCUGUUAUUGAUUCAGAUUUACUGCAAGAAGAUCCAGAGGCUACUUUACGUGGUCUAUGUGAUGAUCUAGGUAUACCAUUCCAGGCUGCAAUGCUCAGAUGGGAAUCUGGACCAAAACCAUUUGAUGGCAUGUGGGCUCCCUAUUGGUAUAAAAAUACACAUAAGUCGACAGGUUUUGAGCCACCAAGAAAGUAUCCUUCUCCAUUUCCAUCAUCUUUGUACAACUUGCUGGAGCAAAGUUCAGCUUUCUACAACUUGCUUAAGCGUUAUGUGAGGCAGACCACUACAAGAUCCUUCAAUCCCAAGCUUCCGGUUCCUGACAAUGAGAAGUUGCUUUCUUGGGUUGGUGAUGAGAUUGUUCCUCGAGAAAGUGCAAAGGUUUCAGUAUUUGACUCGGUUGUCCAAGGUGGUGAUGCAGUUUGGGAGGGUCUUCGCAUUUAUAACGGGAAGAUAUUUAAACUGGAGGAGCAUUUAGACAGGUUGUUCGAUUCUGCAAAAGCUCUAGCUUUCAGUAAUGUGCCAACUCGUGAAUAUGUGAAGGAAGCAAUUUUCAAAACUCUAAUAAGGAAUGGAAUGUUUAAUAAUGCACACAUUAGAUUAACUCUGACCCGUGGAAAGAAGGUGACUUCAGGAAUGAGUCCAGCGUUCAAUCUGUACGGCUGUACUUUGAUUGUGCUAGCUGAAUGGAAGCCACCAGUCUAUGACAAUGAAAGGGGCAUAAAUCUGGUGACAGCAACAACACGCCGUAAUUCACCUAAUAAUUUGGAUUCGAAAAUUCACCACAACAACCUUCUUAACAAUAUCCUUGCGAAGAUAGAAGGGAAUAACUCAGAUGCGGAUGAUGCAAUCAUGCUUGACAAGGAUGGCUACGUAUCAGAAACUAAUGCAACCAAUAUAUUUCUGGUGAAGAAGGGCCGUGUUGCUACACCCUCUGCUGAUUAUUGUCUUCCAGGAAUAACACGGGCGACUGUCAUGGAACUUGUGGUGAAGGAAAAUUUGGUUUUAGUGGAGCGGCAUAUUAGUCUAUCAGAGUUCCACACUGCAGAUGAGGUAUUCACAACAGGAACCAUGGGUGAACUCAGUCCGGUUAUUAAAAUUGAUGGACGCAUAGUUGGUAAUGGUAGAGUGGGACCUGUGACACAAAGAUUGCAGAAGGCUUAUGCAAAUCUGACAGCAGAAUCAGGGGUGCCUAUACCCACUUAUCAGCAAACCUGAGCAGAGGAAGCCAUCAUUACCGAUAGAUCAAGAUGAACAUCAGGUGACUGCUCGGUUUCAGUUAGUAGAACACAGUUCCGAGUCCGUCGACCUGUUGCUGGAAACCGGAGAUAAGUCUUGCUGUUGAAACAGAUAAUCUGUGCCCUGGAAAUUGGUAUUUAGAUCGUUAAAAGAAAGUGGAUCUUUUCAUUUUCAUCAUGCAUUAAGAACUUUUGGGUAUUUGUUGUAUGUCUUGACUUCUGAUGACAAGUAUGGAUAUAAUGAUUGUGUUGUUCUCUGUUUUGGUUGUCUCUCUAAAUUCAUUACCCCCAGGACAAUGAGCUGUCUACACUAACAUGUUUUUACUAUGAAUAAAGAUGUCUACCUUAAUUAUC